AUGGUGGACGCCACCAAGUCCGCGGGAAUUCGGCGGCCCCUGGACCGGGCGGCCGUGAUGGUGUGCGCCGUGCUGCUGGUGCUCGUCGCGCCGCUGGCGCUGUGGUUGCUGGCGGCGUUCGUGGUUCCCGCCUGGCCCCCGGUGCGCACCAACCGCAGCGGCCCCAACUGCGCCUCUGCCACGGUGCACGAGCUCGCCAUCAUCGGCAACGCGAGCCUGGACCCGUGCGACGACUUCAGCCACUACGCGUGCUCCGACCGCCAGCUGCUGGUCAGCCACGACGUGCGCCGAGACGAGUUCCUCAAGGCCGUCGUCAACCCGACGUUGCAGGGCACCUUGAGAAGCCAUGCGAGCGUGUUGCUGAACCAGCUGUACACCAGCUGCAUGAAGCGGAUGGCCAACAACCCAGUCACUCCGGAAAGUGCGUCGAUCGCCUCGCUGGAAUCUCUUCGCUUGUGGGGCCUCGGUGAUAAUGGCAGCGUAAACUUUGCCAGCAUUCUUGCCUCCAUGGACUUAAGGUACAACAUGAAGGUGGGCAUGGAGCCCUUCAUAACCACGUUGGACCCCGUAGCCAAGCGUGCUUCGCUGCUAAUGAUAGCGCGUGACACGCGCGAUGUGCACGUUACGGGUGUGGACAACGAAAUAUUACGUCAUCGAAGCCUGCUGGCGCUUAGUGGAGCCCUCGGCCACAACGUCACCGCAGAAGACGUCCGUGGUCUGAUCACCGAGGUCCGCAGGCAGGCUGCAGGCAAGACGGGCACGAAGCGCGGGAACUACUCGCUGGUGGCCGAGAUCUACCGGACUCCUCUAAUGGACCCCAUGAUGAGGAAAUUGUGCGACUGCAACGAGUAUCUCGCCGUUGAAGUGCAGCGUCCAGGUGCAAUAGUCGCGCAGCUUGAGGUGUUGAGUCGCCAGCAUCUUCGGCCCACUGCGCUGGCCUACCUGUCCCUGUGGGUAUCGGUCGAUCUGAUGGGUGGCGAGAUCAAUGCCACGUACGCCGGCGGCCGUGGCGCUGAGCACAGCACAGCGGAGAAGAUGCGUUACUGCGUCGACGACAUCAUGCGCUUCAGCCACGUCUGGGACAUCAUCGCCGUCGAGAAACUGCGCACAGAAGAGAAAGACCGCGCGCUCAGGAAACAGAGAAGCCAAGAGGAACACCCUUUUGCUUUCACCGCCAAGAUAGAAAUCUUGCACGGACAGCUGGAGCGAGUUCUUAGCUGUGCAGGGAUUAACCGCCAAAUUGCGGAAAAGCGAACAGGCCUGGCGGUACCGUUGGACGAGGAGGAGGAGCUGGAACCGUCUAAGCGUGCUUGGGUCUUUUCGGACAAUUGA